AUGCCGACUCCCUCAUCCAACCCUCCUCCCGACCCCCACUCUCCUCGAUCGCACAGUUUCUCGACAUGUCCUGAAGACAGCAACUCAAGAUCUCCCCAACGCAGCUGGCGUCCACCCACCGGCCCAGAUGCCAACGACGGCCCGGCAGCGAUGGAUCCCCAUCACGACCGCGACCGCAUGGACGAGGACGCCUCUCCCGCUCCCGUCAGCGCCCCAAUGUCUCCCACCGAGGGCAUAAGUACCGAGGUCAUUCUCGACGACGAGCCCACAUCCGCCGUCUCUUCCUCUAGAUCAACAACCAUGUCGCCGAGGCCGCAGUCGGGCGACACCGCCCACUCGUCGCCCGCGGCCGAUAUGGAGUCGUUCAAGCAAGGCGAAUCUGACGAGGAGGGACAUUCGGCCGGUGACAGGCUACGAGCGUCCCGUGCUGAUGGAUCGAGGCGGCAUGAUACCAGGCAGUCCGCAACAACACUACACGACGACGGCAAGGGCAUGGAUAUUGAUGCCGAUGACGUGUGGGAGGAGGAGCUAAUGGCACCCUCUAUGGGUUCAGAAUAUUCCAACAUGAGGAUAAUUCCAUCAUCACCAUCAUCCUUUUUGCGGCCAGGGAGCAAGUUCCGCGGCACACAGCAAUCCGAGCGACAGGUUUACGACGUCCAGGUCGAAAUCAAGCAUGUCGACCUGAGGGAGUCAUUCCUCUGCGGCUAUCUGCGUAUUCAAGGCCUCACUGAGGACCACCCCACGUUGACGACAUACUUCGAGGGCGAGAUCAUCGGCACAAAGUACGGCUUCACCACAAAUCACGAGACCUGGGGCGCCACCGAUAAGAUCGACCUCAACCACUGGGCGAAAUUUAACGCCUUCCGUCCUUUCCAGAAGCAGGCGCGUAAGGGCCCUGUGGUGAUCCGCGACGUGGCCCAGCGCGAGAACAUUUUCAUGCGCUGGAAGGAGCAUUUCCUCGUACCCGACCAUCGCGUACGCACCAUCUCUGGCGCUAGCUUCGAGGGAUUCUACUACAUUUGCUUCAACCAGGUCAAGGGUGAGGUGAGUGGAAUAUACUUCCACUCCAAGAGCGAAAAGUUUCAGCAGCUCGAGCUCAAGCACGUGGAGGACAGGGGCUGCUUCAGCGCCAUGGAAUUCAGAUAA